AUGGCUGAUUCGUCACCACAUCAGACGGAUGAUUUUGUGCGUGGUGAAUUCUCAGAAGAGGAGCGUGACACGCAAUCGGUCCAUUUGAUUAAUGUCGAUCAGAGAUUCAUCUGUUUCGAUGUGGAUCAGUUAAACGAUGCGAAAGAAGAAUUAAUGAUAAGACGUUCCGUUUCUGUGAACAAGAAAGUUGCAUGGCGUUUCAGAACCAAUGCUCCGACCAGAUAUAUUGUCUAUCCAUCCUGUGGUAUCCUUCAUGACAAUGAAAACAUUAAAGUUACAAUUGAACUGGUGAAUAAUCGAUAUCAUCCAUAUCAUAAACUGUCCAUUCAAGCCAUACUGCUACCAGAUGGAUGCGAUGAGCGAAGUGUGUGGAAGCACAAAAGCGCAAAAAACGUUCAAAAUGUACAAACGAUUCGUUUACGGCUCAGUACAAUGCUCAUGAAUAUUGAAUAUAGUGAAUACAUUGGAAAAGAAAAGGAGACAGAAAGCGCAAAUGACUUGCUCUGUAGUGUAAUGGCUCAAAGUUCAACAGUUGGCUCGGAUCGCGUUAAAGAGUUGAAGAAUCUGGUUGACAUGUUAGAAGCAGACAUUCAUGAAAUAAGGGCUAAUACUGAACAAACAAUCAAACUGAAAUCUUUCCUGAAAAGAGCACUUCAAUCAAGGUAUCCACUGUACUUCCAUAGUUCAAUUCCUGUGGGCAGUCGAUGA